UACAUACGAUAUUUCUGUGUAAAUUAAUAUGAAUAUUAACUGAUUAUAAAGCAUAUGUCGUAAGGCGUGAGUAUUUAUAUAUUUUCAUAUUCAUCAUAUGGAAUUUCGAUCUAUGUAAGCGUAGAUUCUAUGAUUGAACGCGCCAUUGCAUGAUUGCAUGCCACGGUUUAUUAUUUACAUGAACGUGUUGCAAUUAAGAUGCAAAUAAUUGAUAAUAGUAGAAGAACGCGAUUCUUACGACAGUUCGAACAAAGUAUCGGUAGCACGUUAAAGUGAUCAGUAUCCGAAGAGAACGUCUUAAAGAUGACGUAGGUCUGGAAAUCGUCGAGGGCAAACCCAUUAGCUUGUCACCUGCCCAUUGUCAUUUUUGAUAGUCGGCAUGAGACGUGCCAACUCAUCUGUUAUCAGUUAGAUAUGUACGAAUUUUUCUACGGCAAUAUGUGUUCAUUAAGAAUUGUCUUUGACACACGAUGAAAUAGACAUUUAUUCGAACACUGUGAGAACAAACGAGAGAUCAUUGCACGAUGGCAACCGCAGUUCUCGGAGCUAAUCCGGAAAAUCCUACCAAAUUUUUGGAAUCGUUGCAAGCCGACCUGAAAGUGCUUGCUUCCGAGACGAAGAAGAAAUAUCCACAAAUCAAAGAAUCGUGUGAAGAAGGGAUCGCAAAAAUACGAACAGCUUCUAAUACCUCAGGUGCUCCAAUUUAUUAUAUCGUCAAUCAGAUCUUGUAUCCCUUAGUGCAAGGUUGUGAGAGCAAAGAUGUGAAAAUUAUUAAGUUUUGUUUGAAUAUGAUGCAAAGGCUGAUCACGCAGCAAGCUGUGGAUCAAAAAGGUGCUCGGUAUAUUACAGACACGUUAUGGAUGUUGAUGGAAUCGGGAACAGAAGAGGUCAAAGUCUUGCAGACUGUGACUCUUUUACUAACGAGUAAUACCAUCGUUCACGGUGAAACGCUAGCAAGGAAUUUGGUUCUGUGCUUUCGCUUGCACUUUACGAAAGAUUCGACGACCAUUAACACAGCAGGAGCCACGGUCAGACAAUUAGUAUCGUUAGUAUUUGAACGUGUCGUCGCUGAAGAUGAGCAAAGUCCUGAGAAUGAAGAUUCGGAUGAAAUAAAUUUAGAAGAACUAAAGAUUCCUACUAAUCAGGCACCCAAGGGUUUAGGGCCAUGUGCUGCUGACGCAUACUUAAUGUUUCAAGAUCUAGUACAGUUAGUAAACGCAGACCAACCUUACUGGUUGAUUGGAAUUACAGAAAUGACGCGUACGUUUGGAUUAGAAUUGCUAGAAUCUGUUUUAACAAAUUUUUCGUCGGUAUUUUUCAAGCAUCCAGAAUUUAGCUUCUUGCUAAAGGAAAGAGUGUGUGCGCUGGUAAUCAAAUUAUUUUCACCAAACAUCAAGUAUCGUAAUUCGGUACCAGCGUCGCUGCAACAAGCUACGCCUUUGGAUAAACCUUACUUUCCCAUCAGUAUGAGACUUCUCCGAGUUGUAUCUAUUCUGAUUCAAAAGUAUCACUCUCUUCUGGUGACGGAAUGCGAAAUAUUUUUGUCUUUAAUCGUUAAAUUCUUGGAUCCUGAUAAACCACCGUGGCAGAGAGCCUUGGCUUUGGAAGUACUCCAUAAAAUGACGGUGCAGGCUGAUCUCCUUACAAAUUUUUGCGAAUGUUACGAUUUAAAACCUCACGCGACAAAUAUUUUUCAAGACAUUGUCAACAGUUUAGGUGCCUAUGUACAUAGUCUCUUUGUUAAUCCCCAGCUGAUGAAUCAAAGUAACAUGGCGGCAGGCACGACGAUACCACAAAAUACAGCUUCUCCGUUAUUCACGGGGAUGCCUAUAGGACCUGGUGUUUCACCUCAACCUGGUUUCUAUUCGCGUGGUAUUUGGUUGCCCGUAGUUGCGACUUUCACGAGUGGGCAAGCUAAAUCAACUUACUUAGAUAUGCUUGACAAAGUUGAGCCACCGCAGAUUCCUACUGGCUACGGUAUAAGCAUAGCUUACGCGUGCUUGUUGGACAUUAUACGAUCCAUAGCUUUUGCAAUCAAUGGUUCCGGUGAAGUCGUGACUGGGAAUCAUUCUUAUAAACCAAGUGAAUUUGAACGGAAGCUUCAUACUCAGUUGAUCAACUCUAGCUGGUGCGGUUUAUUAGCGGCGUUGAGUCCUCUCAUAGAUGCAAGCACCGAUGAAUCUGCGACUGAAAAUGUGUUAAAAUCAAUUCAAACUUUCGCGUCACUCUGCGGACUAUUGGAGUUGCAAACUCCGCGAGAUGCUUUCAUUACUGCGAUAUGCAAGGCGUCACUGCCUCCUCAUUACGCACUGACCGUAUUAUACAAUGCUCCUCAAGGUAUACCGACCGCGAGGCAGCAAGAGUCUACUCAGUACAACGUGACUAUCGGUGAACCCGAUUACAGGCAACAGGUAGUUGCCGUUGGUACUCCGCUGCCUACCGCGUCUCUACCAGUUGUUGCACAUCAAGGGCCGGUUAUGCUGACCGCGAAGAAUUUGCAAUGUAUGCGUGCUUUAUUGUCGCUUGCGCAUUGCCAUGGAAGCAUACUCGGCGGUGCGUGGCACUUGGUACUAACGACUUUACAACAUCUCGUCUGGAUACUCGGUUUAAAGCCUUCGACGGGAGGCUCUUUGAAAGCCGGGCGAACCGCUGCCGAUCCGAAUGCGGUACUAACAAACGCAGUUAUGGCAGACUUGCCUGUGCUCAGCGCGAUGCUCAGCAGGCUGUUCGAGAGCAGUCAACACCUCGAUGACGUCGCGCUGCAUCAUCUGAUAGACGCACUUUGCAAGCUGAGCCACGAAGCUAUGGAGUUGGCUUAUUCUAACAGAGAGCCUUCUCUAUUCGCUGUGGCCAAACUUCUAGAGACGGGUUUAGUUAAUUUACCGCGAGUAGAAGUCUUAUGGAGGCCCUUGACGAAUCACUUGUUGGAGGUUUGUCAGCAUCCGCACAUUCGCAUGAGAGAAUGGGGAGUCGAAGCUAUUACGUACCUUGUGAAAAUGGCUCUUCAGCACAAAUACCCGCAACCUUUACGCGAUAAUCAGAAACUGCAGACCUUACUCUUAGGACCGUUAUCGGAAUUAUCAUCGGUUCGUCACGGGGACGUGCGACAACGUCAGUUAGAAUGCGUAUUGCAAGUUUUGCAUGGAGCAGGAGAAACGUUGUAUCAUGGGUGGCCUUUGGUACUUGGUAUCAUUGGAGCAGUGUCUGAUCAUCAUGGCGAAGCUUUAGUUCGAAUAGCCUUUCAAUGCUUGCAAUUGGUAGUAACCGAUUUCCUACCAGUGAUGCCUUGGCGAUGUCUUCCGCUGUGCGUCGACACGGCCGCAAAGUUUGGUUCUCAGACACAAGAAUUAAAUAUAUCGUUGACCGCUGUCGGGUUAAUGUGGAAUAUAAGCGAUUAUUUUUAUCAAAAUCAAGAGAAACUCUGCAUGUCUCUAAAAGGGGAUUCAUCUUCUGUAUUUCCGGAUUUCCCUGGCACCACAAAUAUGCCACCUUUUGAUAAACUCUGGAUGUGUCUGUAUGCUAGAUUAGGUGAUCUGUGCGUGGAUCCUCGACCAGCUGUUCGUAAAUCAGCCAGUCAAACACUAUUUUCUACGAUAUCCGCACACGGUAGUCUGUUGCACCAGCCAACGUGGCAAGCUGUGCUUUGGCAAGUUCUUUUCCCGUUGUUAGAUAAAGUAAGAAGUCUAUCUAACUCGGCCAGCAGUGAAAAGGUUGAUACUAGCGGAAACAUACUCAUACAUCACAGUAGAAAUACAGCACAAAAACAAUGGGCAGAAACGCAGGUAUUGACAUUGAGUGGCGUAGGAAGAGUGUUCAACACGAAACGUCAACUAUUACAAAUGUUGGGAGAUUUUCCUAGAGCUUGGUCUCUUCUACUAGAAUUCAUAGAGAAUUCUGCACUAAGUAAAAAUAACGAGGUAUCAUUGGCAGCUCUGAAAUCCUUUCAAGAGAUUUUGUACCUUCAAAAAGGUAGCGAUAAUAACGAAGUGAUCCAAUCGAAAGAUUCUGAAGCAUUGUGGAUCGUUGCUUGGCGUGUGUGGCUUAACAUCGGAAUGGAAAGUACGACGCCUCCUCAGGAAGGCGAAACGGAACCUUAUGUACCGUCGCAAGCGUUUUUAACAGCACUGGUUCACAUAUUCCCAGCGGUUUUUCAACACAUCAGAAACAAAUUCACCGGGCCAGAUUUGCAAAAGCUCUGUCAAGUACUAAAGAACGCAGUCGCAGUUCCGGUGCACGGUGAAUUGACACCGCACAUAUUUUUUACCACGGUGCCGCACGUGGACCUUACUCAUUUACAAGACGGCGUGCUUCAUUCGAUAGAACUCUUGCAGAAGGAAGCGUUAAACGGACCUGAGAAUUUACGAACGAUGAUCGUUUUAAUAUUCCUUCAACUUUUGAGCUUCUCUAAAUUGGCUUGUGAAGCUCCCACUUAUGGGAAGAUUCCAACGAAACACAUUUCUCAAAUCAGAGGACUGUCCAACGAUUGGGUGAUGAUGAACUACGUUCCUUUCGGAGAGAAAGCUUUAUCGAUGGUCGUAACUUUGUAUCAAAAGACGGCGCACGAAAUGGCAGUCAUAGAGGGACAAGUUUUAAAGCAUAUUAUAGAAGCGUUGCAUGUGCCUUUGUCGAUGAAGUAUGCCUGCCCGUCACCGACUACUUGGAAAUUGGCUGUUACUAGUUUACUCGCUGUCUUACACACAGGUUUACCCUUGGCCAGAAAGUAUCCGGAACAGUUUCAAACAAUGUGGCCAGAACUGGCAAACACUCUAGACGAUUUCCUAUUUCCGAAAAGUGUGGUAAACGUAGAACGUGGAGUCGAGGAAAUUCAAGCGGACGAAGCUGUGGACUGCCAAGUGAUGGAACUCUUACGAGACGAAGUUUUACCGCAUUCCCAACAUAUACCUCAUCAAUUCAUUUUGCGCGUGGUUAUGCUCUUGAACAAGGGCUCUAUACAUUCGGCAACCACGACAAAUAUUGAGAAUAAUGGUGAAACUAAAUUGAGAGAAGAAUUUGCCAAGACGUGUUUUGAAACGUUACUCCAGUUCUCCUUGUUGGAUGGUUUGAACAACGAACCGGAACACGACGCGAACAAGAACGCUGAGAACGACGAAGGAGGUGUCGCGGGGCGGUUAGCAGUGACUGCGCUCCUUCACAGGUUCCAAGAAGUUCUGCGACGAUACAUUGAAAACGAAAGGCGAAGCGGGAAAUGUCCGCUACCUAGAUUGUCCGAGAUUUCGUUUGUUUUAAAAGCCGUUGCGACGCUUGUGGUAUCUUUGAAGAAAGCUCCACCGAACAAAGUCGAAAGGUCGGUCUGGGAACAACUGAUCGGACUGUAUCCCUGUUUAGUAGAAUGUACUGUAGCUACAGCAUCGGGGCAAGUGUCAAGAUCGUUGCGCGAGGCUCUGCUUCAGUACCACGAUUUAUUGAGACCACCGCUUCAUAGUUCCACGACGUCAAACGGUGUUUGACCAUUGCAUUCUUACGUUCUAAACCGAAAUAGCGGUGUUUGCUACGCGAACAAGUAGUUCAACUUUUUAUAACUGUGGUUACGUGUACGAUAAGUUAAAUUUUCCGUAUGUACACGUGGAAGGUAAACAAAUUGAAGAUGAAGUUGAAGAAUACGUAUUCUUAAUUGAAUGAUUUCCGAGUCGUUACCGUGCAGCAGAAGGUAAAUGUUCUAUCUUUAUCUUUAUGGUAUACAGAUUUCAAUUCUGUAAAUUGCAAUAGACUUUUUGAAACGAUAUAUUUAAUUAACAAACGUAUCAUUGUACAAUGAAUGCAUAACUUAGUUAUUUAUUUAAAACGGUUUUUAAACUUUUUUUUCUUUCCACAAAGAUGACCACAAAAUUCUCCUUUUUCUGUACUUAUUCGAUUUUACAGUAACAAGAAAACUGCUAUACGUAUAGCAUGAUGAUCAUAAAUAAGUAGAUAAUACCAUUUUGAUGCAUAGAACAGUUGCAUACAAUUUUUUGUUGGACCAGCAUUGUCACUUAUAACGAACAAAGAUAAAAAAAAAACGAUAUAAUGUGGUCUCUCAUUAUUUAAUAAAGUAGUACAUAAAAAGAGUAGCCUUAUAUGUAGGAAGUCGGAGCAAGUAUGCAAAAAAGAUUUGUGUUAAAUAUGUAUUUAUUUGAUAAGCGCAAAUUUAAUUAUAACUACAAAUUAUACAUAUAUACACGCCAUACUGCUGUACAUAGAUCGAUGUACAACUUGGCUUUUAUAUUAACUGUAAAUACUGAAUGGAUUGCGAGUAGAAUCAUAUACAGUACAGUUUUAUAUAAAUAAUAUCAAAUUAUUAUCCGCGCGCUAUUCUUACAAACGAUAUAACAAUGAAAAACUAUGAUAUAAUAAUAAUGUAAAUAGUCACAGAAAAAUUCAAUAAAAGUCUGAAAUAUU